AUGUUUGUCAUCACGAAAGUUGUUUCUAGCUUGUUGGAUGAUCUCCUAUCAAAGCAUUCCGAGUGGACCACUGAAAUUAACGAGAUCUCUCCUCUCAUUUGCUAUCGUGACAUCCAAACCACCCUGUGUAAUUUCCUCGAAAGGUGCGAGGAGCAAAACGACUCCAAUGCCGCAGCUUGCAUCGAUGGGAUAUUGAGACUCGAUAUGCUAUGCAUCACAGCUCGCAUUUUUGUCAUCCUGAAAAACAGGGAACUGCGGGAACUGCUUCAGCGUCAAAAAGGACCGCAAGCCCAGUCUUUGCUCGAUCUUUUGCAGGAGCUGAUUGAUCACACUGACGACGUUGAAAUUCGAUCGCCAAUCAUACGUGAAAUUGUUGCUCUGUCUAAGAACUCAAGUCUUUUCCCUCGAUGCCUGAUUCUGGAGGAUGUCCGUAUUCAAGCAGGGGGUCCAGUUUUUGGUGGGGGUUUUGGAGAUAUAUGGAAAGGCGACAUGGGGGAACAUGCUGUUGCGAUUAAGGUCAUGCGUCCCAUUGGAAAACAUACCCUUGAGAGAGUGAUCAAGGCAUUCUGCAAGGAAGCCGUGUUAUGGAGGCAACUUUCCAGUGAGCACGUCUUACCAUUCCACGGCGUGUAUCACUGGCCCGAAAGACCGUCCCACCUGUGCCUCGUAUCGACAUGGAUGGAAAAUGGAACUAUCGUCGACUUCCUUGAAGAAUAUCCAGACGCAAAUCGACGUUCUCUGGUGAUGGAUGUAGCUCGUGGUCUUCGAUAUCUGCACUCCUUCAACCCCCCUGUGGUUCAUGGCGACUUGAAAGGCAGAAAUAUCCUAAUCUCUCCAUCUCGUCGGGCCUGUGUGGCAGACUUCGGCCUCUGCAGGCUUGCAUCAGAAUCUGUAUCGCAAUCCGCUAGUUCAACCGGAUGUGGAACCCUACAUUACAUGGCUCCUGAAUUGUUCAAUCCUGUAAAAAGCGAGCCAAAUACGUUGGAAAGCGAUGUUUACGCAUUCGCUUGUGUGUGCUACGAGAUUUUUGUUGGGCAUCCACGGUUCUCUGGAAUGGGUAUGGCGGUCAUGAAGGCUGUUAUCGAUGACGAGCGACCUCUUCGUCCUGCCGCACCCCAGUUGGAUGACGACAUGUGGUACCUCAUGAACAAAUGCUGGGGAAAAAAUCCUGCAUCUCGCCCCCGAGCAAUAGACAUUGUCCAACGUUUGCAAUCUCCCCAGGACAUCAUCAUUGCAAUCAUUGGUUCGACCGGGACAGGGAAGAGUUCGUUUAUCAAUGUCGCAACACGAAGCGAACGUGCCAGGGUCGGCCACGAUAUGGAGUCAUGCACUCAAGACAUUACUGCUUUCACUUAUCCUCAUCCCGAUGGGAGUGGGCGCGAUGUGGUAUUUGUGGAUACCCCUUCUUUUGAAGAUAGUAUGAGAGCAGAUCAUGAAAUUUUAAACAUCAUUGCUGAGUGCUACAAGGAACACAUCAUCUUGAGCGGCAUCCUAUUCUUCCAGCGCAUUACGGAGAGUCGAAUGCGUGGGACACCCUUGAGGACCUUAGCGGUGUUCAAGGAGUUGUGCGGCACGAACGCCCUCAAAAACGUCAUUUUCACCACCACUAUGUGGGACGAAGUUUCCGAACAUAUUGGAUCGCAGCGGGAACAACAGCUGAAGACGCAAUUUUGGCAGGAAAUGAUGUUGCAUGGAGCCCGAACAGCCAGAUUCACCUCUUCCUUUGAUUCGGCAUGGGAGAUCGUCAAGCAUUUUGACGCCGCAACUCCUCAGCCCGUCCAAUUGCAAAAAGAAAUGGUAGAAGAAGGGAGGGGGCUCUCCGAAACGUCAGCAUAUGCUGCACUGAUACGCUGGUGGACACAGCUCGUUGCCCAUCUCCGAGAAUUGCUUCGGCAGACCUCUCGGUCGUCGAGUAAUAGGCGCGCAGUUCAACGCCAACUCACUGAGGCAGUGCGUCAGCAAACAGCACUUCGAGAGGCCCAUUCAGUGUCACUAGUUCUACCUCCGCCGUUCGCUCAGAUCAUUAUAUCAUUAUGA